GCCCCGCCCCCUCGAUAUCUCCCUCCGGCUCCUCCCUCCGCUCCCACUAUUGGGCGGGGCAUUGCGAUGAAGCAGGGGCAAGAGUCUAAGUCCGCCCUCGGUGGAGCAGGUGAGGCGGGGCCAGGUGGGAUGGCAGGUGAGAGAUAGAGUCAGGCCAGGAGGGAUUGGACCUGGUGCGGGAUAGUGAGGGCACCAGUAAGGAAUGGGGCCAGCAAUUGGGAGACAUCUAACACCCUCCUCCAGCUCAGCUCAGGAUAGUCCUAGGCCCUGCCUGUUGGAAGGCUCAGGCCAGGGUUCCUGGGAUAGACCCCUCAACUUCACCUCUCUAGAAUGCCCCCUGGUUCCAGCCUAUCCCUCGGGCCGUCCUGGACGGCUCCAACGCCACCUCUUGAGCGGAGAAUUCGACCAGCUGCGGGACUUCCCCAUCUUUGAGAGCAACUUUGUGCAGGUGACCCGAUUUGGAGAAAUCGCCAAUAAGGUCACCAUGGGGGUGGCAGCCUCCAGUCCAGCCCUGGAACUCCCAGACCUGUUGCUGCUGGCCACCCCUGCCAAGGACAAUGGACACCUGCAGCUCCUCGGGCUGUUCCCCUUGCAGUUCGUGCAGCUCUUCGUCCACGACGAAAGCCGCCGGCAGCUCAAGGUCAAGUUCCGCACGGGCCGCGCCUUCUACCUGCAGCUGCGCGGCCCCCGCGAGACCCGCGACCGCGCCUUCGGCCAGUGGGUGCGGCUGCUCUACCGCCUGCGCUUCCACGCGGCGCAGGGAGCCGUGCCCUUCACGCAGGAGUACGCGGCGCUGGGGGACGAGGACGACGACGAGGACGAAGAGGACGACGACGAGGAGGCGCGACUACUGCAGGAGAAGGUGAGGGCGGGGCUGGAGAGGGAGCGGGUCCCAGGGCUGAGGGCUGGGGUCUGCACCCAUGGGCUGAAGGAGGAGACUGGGGUCUGGUUCCCUGGGUCUGAGGGAGGAGGCUGGGGCCUGGACUCCAGGAUCUGAGGGAGGAGGCUGGGAUCUGGAUCCAUGGUUUGUGAAUAUAGGUGACCCCACACACACACUUCUCCAAGUCCUCAAGAGUGAAGUCUGUGGGAAAGACGGGAGGGUCUCCCAGGAGGGUGGGUCAGCUGCCCUGGUUUUCCCAGCUAAGAUGGCUCUAAGGUCUCCUUGACUUCUGAAGGGCAUCUGGGAAGGACUGUCUACCUCCUGCAGGGGUGGGGGAGGAUGGGAAGGCAAUUCUGGAAGAUGGGGCACUGGAACCUGUGGGUGUCUUCCCAGUCAAUAUCAGGGUCCCCUCCACCACACCUGCAGGUACCUCUGCUGGUCACGGCCUCUGAGACACACUUUCUUCUACCUAGUUUCAAACCAUGGAAGUCAGACUUGACCCGCAAAUCUCUGAACUCUGGGGACUCUGAUCCCACCAACAUCCUUGGAGCUCACCAAAGGACCAGAGAUCAAAGCAAGUUACCUCAGGGUCACACAGAUGAAUUAUUAAGUUAAUAAAGAUUGGGCAAUUACCAACCAUCAACCAGCUCCUGGGCACUUUCUCCAACAUGGCCAACUCAACAUGGCUGCCUCAACCAGGUCUUCAGUUAGCCAUGUCUGUCUGGCCCUUGGGGCCACCAUGGUGACCUGGUCCCCACUUGGACCCUCACUAGCACAACCUUCUUUUUCAGUCCAGCCUUCAGCUCAUGUUUGACUUGAAGUCACAAUCAACUUGCCUCUUUCCUCCCUAUUGGUAAUCUAAAUGCUCCCAUCCCAUAGUCUUGGGUUCACCCUUGAAGCUUUGAGUUGCCAUGGCCACGUGGAAGUUGCUCUUCCAAGAUGGUGGCCCCAAUAUGGCCUGUUCCAUUGUGGCUGCCGUUACCCACCCCAGAGUGACUAACCCCCAUCAGGAGGGGGA